AUGGCGUCCUACGUGAAGAACAAGUGGUACGAGAACUUCACCGUGGACGAGAAAGAAGUUGGCAAAAGCCGGCAGGACUUGCCGGCCCUCAUCGAGCUGAUGGACCGCUUCGAUCGUGAGGACUGGACCUGCUCCGGGACAUUGUUCUUCACCCUCUACGGCAUCCUCACAGGUGUCAGCCACACGAAGCUGAAUGGCAAGGAUGUGGCGCAGACUGUCGCGCGUCUGGCGUUGGAGAAGUUCUGGCUCCGGAUGGUGCGUCUUUGCAAGAACCCUUCAGGAGAUGACUGUCGAACGAUCCGUACGCUGUGGUCGGUGAUGGGCAUGCACUCACUGGGCACGGCCAGCAUGCUCCCAAGCUUCGCGGAAGCUGUGAAGCUGUACAAAGAAUCGAAAUACGGAUGCUUGAUCGGCCAUGAUGAAAAGGGCGGCCUCAUUUGGCUCAACAAGUUGCAUGCAGCGCUGGAGAAAGAUGGAGGCUACAGCGCUGCAGAGGCUCUGACAUCCGCAGUGAGCUGCCAGAGCAACUCCAAGACAGACCGGCUUUCGAUUAGCGAAGAGUCCAUGCCGAAGUUUCUGCCGCCCCCGGCCCCGCGGCUCUUGGACUUCGCGCGGCGCAGCGCCAGCCUCGAGGGCCAGGGUCGGGAGGUCUUGGACAUGUUGGGUCAGCCUCUGAAGACGAUCUCCGACAGUUUCGUCUGCGACUUCGAGGAGUCAGUGAGUGUGCCCGAGAAUCCCUUCACCACGGAGCGGCUGAAGUCGCUGCCUGGGGGCAUGACACGCAUUGCCGGAGAUAUCAUCAAAGGCAAACUUGAUGGCCAUGCCGUCUACUUGGACCAGGCCAGCAAGCGGAAAGGUUGCGGUCUGAAAUGCCUGCCGCAGGACCUCGCAUCGGGCCACCUGGAACCGGCACUGGGCACCCUCGAUGAGUUGGAAUCCGAAGUGAAGAGCUCCUGGUCGAAAGAUCUGCAGCAAGUGGUCAGCAUGCGGACGGAGAUGCUCGAGACCGCCGACAAAGCCCCCGCCGACCAGGGAGACGGCACAAGGUUCUGGCUGCAGCGAAGAGGCGGCAUCGAAGGUCAUCUCUGGCUCGAGUGGUGCGUGGGUGCGGAGCUCGACAACGAACGGUUCUUUGAAGGCUGCAUCGCUGCCGUGAACAAGGUCUCCAACACAGCGAGCGCUCAGUUGGUUGGGCAGAGGAUGCUGGGGAUGAUGCUCUAUGUCUGUCGCAUUGCUCAGGCGCAGCUCGCCCUGGGUUCUCUGCAGGACCUCCGUUCGGCGAUCCGGCGAGCGGAGAAGACUGGGAUGGACGAGGUGGUCUCCAAGGAGCUGCAGACGCUGGCUGGUCGUUUGGCCGUGUUCUUGGGGUGCAAGAGGAACUACACCGAUGCUGGCGGCAGUACAGACAUCUCCCCAGCAUUUCUGCUGUUCGAGUACGUCACGGGCUUCCUGGUGAGGAAGCAGCAGGUCACGCUGAUCCAGACCUUCGCCAAGGAAGCCUCUGAGGGCCGCUCACUGGUGGCGCAGAUGAUCAUGGGUGCGGGCAAGACCACAUGCAUUGCUCCAAUGCUGACUUUGCUGCUGGGCAACGACGGCCGCCUGGUGCUGAACAUUGUGCCCAAGGCCUUGUUGGCGCAGACACGGAACGUGAUGCGGAAGAUGUUUGGUCAGAUCCUGGCCAAGCGCGUGGUGACCCUGGAGUUCAGCAGAAUGAUGGGGCAGGAUGAUCCUUUCGAUGUGCAGUUGAUCAAAAUGCAGCUCUUCGACGCUCAGCGUGACGCGGCCGUCGUCUGCACCACUCCAGCAGCCAUCAAAUCCAUGUUCUUGCGCCAUCUCGAGCUGCUGCAGCUGAACCACCUGCACAUGAACACGCAGAAGAAGUACAAAGCCGAAAUGCACAAGGCCAAAGAUUCCGUGUCCCAGACGCGGCUGAAGAAGCGAAUGCAGGAUGUGAACAAGGAGGUGGAGGGCAACAGGGUAAUGGCGGGAUUCAUCGGCGACGUCUUGGCGAUGCUGCGCAACAACAGCUGCGCUCUUAUCGAUGAGGUGGACUUGGUCCUGCACCCGCUGAAGUCCGAGCUCAACUUCCCCAUCGGCAAUUUCGAGAUGUAUGACCUUGGCUGCGAGCGUUGGAACCUUGCAGUGCAUCUUCUGGAUGCCCUCUUCCUCAAUGAUGAGGGCCAUGCUGCAGCAGGCACCUUCUACCCGGAGAUCCGGAAUUGCAUCGGCAAGGUUGGUGAUGAGGCAGCCGCACGCAUCUCCCAGCUGGAGGAAGAGAUUCCGAGUAUCGUUAGAGAAGGCUACGAGCACCUGACGCUCCAGAAGCAGCCGCAUCUGGUUCUCCUGAGCCGGCCCUGGUACGACGAGAAGCUGCGCAGGCCGCUUGCCGAGUGGCUAGCGUGUUGGAUUGUGACACGGCCUGAGGCCGAGAAGUUCAGACAGGCCGUGGAGUUCAAGGACGUCUGCGACUUCCUGUCCAUGGAUCUCGCGGAGCUGCUGAAGUCCAGCUGCAAGGCGAGAGUCGAAGUCAAGGCAGAGGGCAUCCUUGGGAAGCUCCUCACACUGGGACGAGAGUGGCUGUUCAGCCUGGUACCGCAUGUCAUUUCCAAGAUCGAUCGCGUGCAGUACGGCCUGCUCACCGAGCAGGAGUUGCAGCAGCCUGAAAAUCAGAAGGCUCCCUCCAGCCGCCGGCUGUUGGCGGUGCCCUUCGUGGCGAAGGACAAGCCCAGCCCCGCCGCGGAGUUUGCGCAGCCGGACGUGCUGAUCGGCUUCACCGUGUUGGCAUACCGCUACGAAGGCCUCCGUCUGUCGGACACUGUCCAGAUGCUGCACCACCUGCAGAUGAAGUCUGGAAGGGAGUCGGGGCCCUGGAGCUCGCGUCCCACCUGCGUGCUCUUCGAGCGCUGGAAGGGUUUGGGCGGCAAGCGCUACGAGGAGAAGGGUGGAAAGUCCUCUGCUGGAGGCCUAGAGCCUCUGGAGUGGGAGGUGCACCUGGACGACGAGUGGAAGAAGCUGCCCAAAUCCAUCACCGCGAAGCUUCAGGAGGCUGUUGCCUUGAAGCAGACCAAGAUACGUUUCAAAGGCUUCGGUGCACAGCCGUACGAGAUCGACCUGGAAGCAAUGAUCCAAGUGAAUUUGAAGUCACACAAAAAGCGCGACAUCCGACAAGUGGAGUCUUCCGCGAAGAGGGGUGAUGACUUGAAGCUGCCGGAGCUGCAAGCACUGUCCUCCUCGACUGGUGACGAGGAAAGCAAGAAGGAGAAAAAGAAGAAGGAGGCGGAGGAGAAGCCCGAAGGCGAUGCGGGCGAUGCGGCUUUGGCAGGUGGAACGGUGCAGGAAAAGAAGCCUGAGGGCCACGCACAGGUGGCGAUGGAACUCUUGGGUCCCGUCCCGGAAAUCGUGUUGUGGUAUCUGUUGACCAUGGUCUUUGAUGCCGUGCUGCGACAGCAGCCCUACAAACUCUCGGCGACGGGGCAAGAGCUGGGCUCCUCCAUGCUCUUCUCUUCGCGCAUAGGCUUCUCCGGCACGCCGUCGUCCCUGCUGCCCGAAGACCUUGGCACUUGCCUCUUCGAAGCCGAGAAUGAAGGUGAGAUCUUGUCCGUCUUAAGCGACGAACAGCACGUGGUUCCGCCUCUCAUCGAAAUGGCAGCUGACUGGUCCCCCGAGAGCAUCCUGAGCAUGGUGGCCAAGAGCAAGGACCCUGUGUACCACUGCCUCAUCGACACGGGUGCACUGGUCAUGGGCUUCACCAACGAAGAAGUGGCGAAAGUGCUGCUGAAGAUGCUGCCAGAAGAGCUCUUCGAUGGUGUCGCCUACUUCGACGACCGCGACGCUCCUAUGGUCAUUCUUCGCGGGGCAGUCAAACCGGCUUUGCUCAGCGAAGCGGGCGUUCCCAUGGACCGGCGCUUCACUUUCUUCGAUCAGGUGCACACCACCGGCACCGACACGAAGCAGCCUCUCCAGAGCUACGCGGCCCUCACUCUCUCGGCCUCCAUGACCUUCCGCGACUACGCGCAGGGUGCUUGGCGCAUGCGCGGGCUGGGCAAGGGCCAGAAGCUCCGCAUGAUCAUCACGCCGGAGCUCGCCAAAAAGGUCCAAGGCGCCCUGAAGGCCGACGGCACCCUGGGCCUUCACGAUGCGGUGGCCUUUAUGCUGUCAAACCAGUUCGACUCCGAAGGAAAGCAGUUUGCAGCUUUGCAGCUUCAGAAUCUCGCGACUGUCUGGCGCAAGCACUCCCUCAACAACUUGAUGGCAGAGCAGGAGCCGAAGAAUCGCGAGGAACUCCGGGCAGAGGUGGAGUCCUUCUUGGAGUCCUUGCGCUUCCCUGUGGAGCCAAAGGUCCGAGAGCCACUCCGUCUGCACGAGAAGAUGCAGGAGAUGGUGAACGCCCAGGCUCACAUCAUGACUGGCGAUGAGAAGGACGCUUGUGCAAAGCUCAUCGAUGCCGCGGCUGGGGGCGGUGGCGGCGAGGGCGGUGAGCUGGGUGCGGAGAUCACCCGACAGCAGGAGAAGGAGCAGGAGAAGCAGCAAGAGAAAGAGAAGGAAGUGGAGGUUCAUGUCGGGCGCGAGCGCGAGCGUGAGGUGGAGUGGCCACUGAAAGCCUUGGGUGACUCCGACCUGUCGGAGCAGGUCUUCUUCAAGCUGUCGAACUUCAAGAUGUCCGGCCUGAAGACCCGGCUGAAGUGCAGCGGUUCGGCGCUUGUCUCCUCCAACCACACCGCCAAUGACCUUUCAUCGCUCACAGCCCGCCGGAUGAAGUCCGUGAUUCUCCUCUUCGUGCUUCCUCACUCCAGCGGCACGAAGACAAUCGCCGUGUCCAUGGCGGAGGCGGCCGCCCUCCGGCGUGCAAGCCAUCUCAGCAGUGAGCACAUUCAGACAGCUUCACUCUGGGUCAGCUCAGGAUCCAAGAAAGUUCCAGAGUCAUCGCAGAAUUUGCUGAGCGGUGAAGGGAGCUACGGAUCACCAGAAUCCGGUGUUCUGAAGGCACUCAGGCUGGAGGCGGCGCGUUUGCUGCUCCGCUUCUUCAACUGCGAGUUGGACUUCAGGCCGGAAGAGGUGACCAGUACGGUGAAAGCCAUCGAGUCGGGAGGCUCCGCCCCGAAGCAACGGCAGCACUUCGUGGAGACUGUGCUGACCGCCCGUCGUCGGGAAGCAUGCGCGUGGAGGGACACCCCUUUAG